UUAAUUCCCUAUGUCAGGAUUUUGGAUUGUCUCCUGUUGUCCUUAGGAUAAAAUUUACUUGUCCUUUAAGUUUCACACUGUUUGAUUUAUAGCUAGCCUUGUAACUGAUAAUGCAGGCUCACUUCUUUCACAUACAUUUGUUUUCCUUUCUGGGAUUUUUUUGUUUUUGCUAGACAAUGUUGUUGUUUGAUCCUUGCUACAACAUAAGCUGAUGGAUUUUUAAACUGUUCUUGAUCUGUUGAGUGGAAUGAAUGACAGGUUUAACUGGAUUAAAUUGAUAGUGAAAGGGAAAACAGCCAAUGGGAUCUCAAGUUGGUUCAUUUGAAGAAGAAAAUCCAGAGACAUUGAUUGGGCAAGGCUCAUUGUACAGCCUGACACUUGAUGAGGUUCAAAACCAGUUGGGGAAUUUGGGGAAACCAUUGGGGAGCAUGAAUCUUGAUGAACUUCUCAAGAGUGUGGACACUGAGGGUUCUUGGUCCUCACCUGUGCACAGACAAGGGAGCCUAACAUUGUCAAGGGGUCUGAGCAAGAAGACUGUCGAGGAGGUAUGGAGAAAUAUACAGCAGGAGAAUAAGAAAGAUGCUGAAAGUCAGGAGAGAAAUGCUCCUCUUGGUGAGAUGACUCUCGAGGACUUCUUGGUUAAAGCAGGUGUGGUUACAGAGUCGGCUCCUCUGCAACAACAGGAAAGUGCUCAAUGGAUGCAAUUCCAGAACCCUACAGUGCAGGAGCCACCCUAUCAAAACAACAUAAUGACAGGCUUUAUGCAAGGACACCCUGUCCAGCAAUCCCUUCCUGUUGCGGAUGCAGCAUAUCCGAAUUCCCAAAUGAACUCAUCUCCAUCUUCUUUGAUGGGUACUUUGUCGGACACGCAGACUCCUGGGAGGAAAAGGGUUGCUUCGGGAGAUGUAGCUGAGAAGACUGUUGAAAGGAAGCAGAAGAGGAUGAUUAAGAACCGGGAAUCUGCUGCCCGCUCGAGGGCAAGGAGGCAGGCUUAUACAAACGAGCUAGAGAUCAAGGUAUAUCAUCUAGAAGAGGAGAAUGAAAGACUUCGAAGACAGAGGGAGGUGGAGAAGGUUUUGCCAUGCGCACCGCCUCCGGAGCCCAAGUCCCAGCUGCGCAGAACAAGCUCAGCCAGUUUCUGAUAUCUGUUAUUCAUAUAUGACUGAUGUGCUGAUGCAAGUGGAAAGUGGCAAGUGGGAAGACAUGAUGACAUUCUAAUAGCCAACUUUAGUUGUCGAAUCUCUAAUCUGGCUGGACGAUUAUAAUGUUACAGGUUUCACCUGCCAAUUUUCCUUGCCUUUGCCAGUGUCUUGAAUGUACAUUUCAAAGCUCUCCGUUGUUGUUUGUUAUCUUGAAAA